AAACACUACUCAUGUCACCUGCAUACGAAUACCUGAUUAGUGGUGUUUGUAGUGGCAAUGCAAUGGCGAGAGAAUUGAUUUAUACCGAUUGAGACGGGACAAACGGCAAGAAAUUUCCAUCAUAAGUCGCGUCAAGUGAGGAAUAUCAGUAGAUACUGCUAGAAUCUAUAAUCCUACGGCUUUCAAAGUUUCUUUAUCGUCGCAAUUCUGGUAAUAAUCAAUUUACAAGUGACAGCUUCGACUCACAACAUGGCCGCCGCCUCAGUAAUAUCCAGCUCGUUUCGACUGGAAGAACCGGACUUAGACAAGGAUGUUUUCUUCAAUCGACUAAUAAAGCUAGAUGUAAAUGACCAGCAAUCUGUCUCUAGGUUUCUGGAUGAAUACAAGUUCAGAAAGCUGUCAGUCUCUGGUCUUAAUCGCGUCAUCAUUUUCUCGGGAAGGGAAGCUACAGCACUUUUUGAUGAAUUCACGCUGGAAAUAUGGAAGAAAUAUUACAUACAAGAAGAUGUCGCACAGAUAGCCAUCUUACAAGGGAGUCAACCAUUUCCUCUAGAGGGGUUAUUCAUUGGAAAAAGCAGUGGGAAAGUUUUUGUGUGCCAGGAAUCAGAUGACUAUCAGGAGCAGAAAAUCACAUGCAUUGGGUACAGCAUGGAACACUUUCUCACUGUUGGCCCCCAGAGACUCCUGGAGUAUAAUAAGCCACAGUGUUUGUUUGAGAACUGUUAUGGGUGCUUUGAUCCACUGAUCAAGGAUAGAGUGUUUAGCUCCAUGGGGCUACAGACAAAGCCCUGACAUUUCAUAUAAGACCAUGGAAUAGAAGGUUCCUUCUGACUGCUUAAUUUGGAGCAUAUAGGGUGUUGGUAGAAAGUAGUUAUGCGACUAAGGUGAAAUAACAUUCCUUGACAAAAACUGAUGGAGAUGAUUGCAAACUAUGACACAACACAUUGCAGUUCUUCUUCGUUGUGUUUAUGCCAUCACUGGUAUCACCAAGGUUGGACAGGACAAUGUGGACAUUUAACUUAGGUCAAUGACAGUGAACAACAACACAUGGCUGUUAGGAGACAUUAGAGACUGCUUUGGUUUAUCCGCUUCUACAACUUACCUGGCAAUUUCCCUUACUCUUAAUAGCUCCUGAAUCUAGCUUUGCCACUGUUUAGGGCCUAAAAGCCGAGUAAGCUGCAAUAAAUGAGACAACUUACAUGUCUAACACUAAACAAAACAUAACUACCACUAAACUAUCACCAAUAAAAGCAUAGCACGUCAAAGACAUGUAAGACAAUUGUUUCAGGAAAGACAAUUGUUCCAAUAUACUGUAUAGCAGAUGAUUUAGAAAUGUGUGAUCCUAUAGUUCUAUCUUCACAUGCUAGUUCAAAAGUCUUUUUCCAACAAAAAGAUUUACUAGUCCCCAAUGUAUCUUAAUAUAGCCCUGUGCACACUAGCAACAUGAUAAGAACGUGUUUUUCCUUAUCUCACAUUAUUAUGUAUUUUUUUUGUGUAUGCACUAAGUUAUGCUAUUAUGGCACAAAUGUGUACUGAGCUUGAGUGCACAAGGCUUUAUUGAGAUGUAUGAUGGACUAUCUUGGGUUGUGCUUGAGAAGAUUUAAAUUCCAUUCCUCACAUGUGCAUUUUAAACACAGCUUAAUGCAUAUCAAAACUGAUAUGCAUUAAGCUGAAAUGAUUCUGCAUUGUAAAAUACAGCUGAUGCUUGACCAUAGAGUUUGGUCCCCGGACCUCUGCAUGCUUUUCCAGCACAUCUUGAUAUACAUACCGCUGUGUGAAAUUUCAAUAUUGAUACACAUUCUGUUUGUUAACAUGUCAGCGACCUUAACCUUUAUAGCUAUCAGAAGUAAUAGGGAUGGUAAUAUUGCCAGUGAAUUACAGGUUAUAAGAUCAAUGAGGCACAGAAGGUGAAACUAGUGAAGAAUUUUAAUUGUAUCUUGUAAAAGAAAAGUGACAACUUAAAUUAAAUAAAACAAUGAAACAUCUAUAAAGCAUAGAGCAGAGAAAAGCAACCAGUUAAUGAGGGUAAUAAUAAAAAGAUAAUAAUAA